ACCAAGUGGAGAGAGCUAGUAUGUGAUUGAAUUAAACAGAUCAAAGGUAGUGGCCACCUGUGUCCAGUCCACUGCAGGGGAGCGCACAAAGUCUCUACAACUUCGUGAUGUCUAAGUGGCUGAAUGAUGGUGAAGUGCUGGUGGGGCAGGGCAGUGGUGAGGCUGUGGCAAUUAGCCCCAGGCAGAGGGGCAUCCCGGCCGGGAGUCCCAGGUCAGGGCGAAGACGUGGCCUGCUGGCGUCACCCAGCACCAGGGAAUCAGCGCCAGGAUCCCCGCAGCCAGAGACCAUGGGCAAGGCCAGGGAGCUGUUUGUGCUGUGUGAUAAAGAGGGGAAGGGAUUCAUCACAAAGCGGGAUAUGCAGAGACUACAAGGGGAGUUACCUCUGUCCCCUGAACAGCUGGAGAAAGUGUUUGAGAGUCUGGACCGAGAGAGCAAUGGAUUCCUCACCCCUGUUGAGUUUAACACAGGACUUGGGGAGGUGCUGGGGCUGGAGGAGACCACGGAGCAGAGUCACACUGAGGCAGAGGAGGAUAAGGACCAGGUAGACUGGACCCAGGACCCCUGUGCGAUCAGAUUUGUAAACAUACUGAUGGAGCUUGGCACCGACAAACUCUUCAGAGAUCAGUGGGAGCUCUGCACUCUGUGGUGUGAACUCCAGAGAGAGAGACCAGAGUUACUGGGUGUCCUGGAGGACAUCCUGGCCCACACCGUGUCCCAGCUGCAGGACACCCUCAGAGAGAGAGACAGCCUGGAGCAGGCGCUGCGCAGACGGGAGAGUGAACAUGAGCAAGUUGUCCGAUCCAUGUAUGAAGAAAUGGAAAACCAAGUCAGAGAGGAGAGAGAGAAACGGCUCGCUCAGGACAGUAUAAGACAGUGGGACAGAGGGCAGCAACUUCAGGAGGAGCUGAAAAUGCGGGAACAAGAGCUGGAGACUUUCCUAACCAAGCAAAGAGAGCUGGAGAGCAGAAUCCAGCUGCUGAGCUGUGAGCAGGCUGACAUGAAGAAGCAGAACCAGCAGCUGCUGAGCCUCAACAUGCAGCUGCAGGAACAGCUGGAGAGCAGCAGAGAGCAGCUGCAGGAUGCUCUGGGCCAACUCAGCCUCAUUCAGAUCAACACCGCUCAGGAACAAAUAGCCAGACAGAGAAAUGUGAUGAAGGUGUCCAGGAACAUGCAAAAAGAAAAGGAUAGUCUCUUGAGACAGCUGGAGCUUUUGAGGGAUAUGAACAAAAGGCUGCGAGAUGAGAAGGAUGCCCACCACUCCCAGAAGAGGGUUAGUCACAGACGCUCUGUCCUCUCUCCUCUCCCAUUAACUUAUUACCUCUCUGGAGAGCCUUGUACCCCGUGGACACAGCAGUUUUAUCCAGGCUAACCAUGCUGGCUUCAUGCUUCACCUGGACAAUUAUUUAUGAGGGCAGCUCUCACUGCUUGGUUAUUGUUUGAAAUGCUGAUGAUGUCCUUGCCACAGUUGUGGAUUUUGCUGUGAAAUAUACUCUGUUUGCAGUAGAUGAGGUCAAUGAACUGAACAAUUUUGUUGAAUAGUAUUUUGUUAAUGUAUUUUUGAAGGAAGUUAGUGUAAUAUGUUAGUUAUACUUGGUGUUAUUUAUGUAGAUUAACUUUAGUGUCAGUAUUUUCACAAUUUCACACUGUUUUUUUAUUGCUCACACCUCUCACGAAGGAGUGCUGGUGCACGUCUGUCACCAUCACCCAUGACAAUAACGUCAUCUUGCCUGGAGGAAAUUGAUAAAUAUGGCAUACUUACCAAGACAUACCAAAUAUUAUUUUGUAAGAAAGCUAUAUUCUGUGGCUAUAUAUCAUUCUUGCUCUUUGGAUUCAAACUCACAUCAACCUCUCUUGAACAAAUAUUUCACAUUCCUGAACAAAAAAUUGACAAAGAACACACAAUAUUCAUUCAAGGAAAAUAUAUAGCACAACGAACACCUGAUGUUUAUUUUUUGUACUUUUUUCUUGCAUUACAUUUUUCCACACUGUAUCGCUGUUUAAUGAACCUGAUGUUUAACCACUUGGCAGCAGAAUAAAUAUCAUC